CUCCGCCCCAGCGCCGAGCGGAAGCGCGCCGGCCGCCGGCCGUUGGCGCGGCUUGGGUGGUUGUCUUGGAGAAGUAAGAUGGCGGCGACGGCGGCCGCGGUGGUGGCUGAGGAGGACACGGAGCUGCGAGACCUGCUGGUGCACACGCUGGAGAACAGCGGGGUCCUGAACCGCAUCAAGGCUGAACUCCGAGCAGCCGUGUUUUUAGCACUAGAGGAGCAAGAAAAAGUAGAGAACAAAACUCCUUUAGUCAAUGAGAGCCUGAAAAAGUUUUUAAAUACAAAAGAUGGUCGUUUAGUGGCCAGUCUCGUUGCAGAAUUUCUUCAGUUUUUUAACCUUGACUUUACCUUGGCUGUUUUUCAACCUGAAACUAGCACAUCUCAAGGUCUCGAAGGUCGAGAGAAUUUAGCUCGAGAUUUAGGUAUUAUCGAAGCAGAAGGUACUGUGGGCGGACCCUUAUUAUUGGAAGUGAUCAGACGCUGUCAACAGAAAGAAAAAGGGCCAGCCAGUGGGGAAGGUGCACUAGAGCUAUCUGACGUACAUCCUCCACCAAAGUCACCAGAAGAAAAAGCAAGUGUGCACACACCGCCAAGUAAGAUACCAAGGUAUAAAGGACAAGGUAAGAAGAAGACAAGCGAGCAGAAGUCUGGUGACAAGAAGGCCAACUGUGAGGUCAGUCAAAGUGAUACUAGUGUUUCUUCAUUAGAACCAAAGAGCAAAAGUAAUCUUCACUUACUGGCCCAUGAAACAAAAAUUGGAUCUUUCCUAAGCAACAAAACUUCAGAUGUCAAAGACAAAGCUGACCUUUGCCCGGCUGAAGAUGAUACGGAUGGAGAUUCUUUCUUUGAUGAUCCCAUUCCCAAACCAGAAAAAACUUACGGUUGGAGAAGUGAACCUCGGAAGCAAGUGGGAAGCCUGGCCUCACUCUCAGAUGCGCCCCCCUCGAAGAGUGGACUGAGCUCCCUGGCGGGAGCCCCCUCACUGAAAGACUCCAAGAGUAAAAGAGCAAACACAGUUUUGAAAGAUCUGAAAUUGGUCAAUGAUAAAAUUGGAUCACUUGGAUUAGGGACUGGAGAAGAAGAUGACUAUGUUGAUGAUUUUAAUAGUACUAGCCAUCGCUCAGAAAAAAGUGAAAUAAGUAUCGGUGAAGAGAUUGAAGAAGACCUUUCUGUGGAAAUAGACGACAUCAACACCAGUGAUAAACUUGAUGACCUCACACAAGACCUCACUGUAUCCCAGCUCAGCGACCUUGCAGAUUAUCUGGAAGAUGUUGCAUAGACAUGAAGAAGGAAGUAUUCUGAUUAACAGAUGACAAAAGACUGAUCAAUUCCAUUUUUGUCCCCAGACAAUCACUCUUUGCUGGAAUGUCUGCUCCCUAUUGGUGCCUUGCAUUUCAAAAAGACUGCAGAAAUUUUUAAAAAUUAACUUUUCAUUUUACCAAACAAAAUACUUCCUAUUUGAGCCUGUGUGUAGAAGAUUUAAUAUUCUUAAUUUGGUUUAGGUAUUACAUUUCUUUAUGGAAAUCGAUCAUGCUCAAGUUCAUUAUAGGGAGGAAACCCCUGAAAACAUCAGUGUUAAGAGCGUGAUGAAAAGUGUCAAUAAAGCAGUAAAGCUGUAGGUUUCCACAGCUCUGCACGGCUGCUGGUGCACGAGACCUUUGGAGACCUUGGCUUUAGCCAUCUGGAGUCAGAGCUUACACAGUAUAUUUUGAUAUUCUGCAUAUAGUUGGCAAAAUGACCGGAUAAAUUUGUAAUACUGAGGCAUAUUAAUAUAAGUUAAAUUUGUUGUGUCAACUUUAUUUUGUAUUUCCUUCCAUUUGGAAGGUUUGUUAGACCACUAAGGUUAUAUUAAAGUAAUCUUGUGUGUGCUA